AUGAGCAAUCCAGCGUCGUUGUCCACUAAUACAACAACCAAUCCUUCACAUCCUGAAGAGGAAACUAGUUUGGAAGGAAAGAGUAUUGUGAACAGUCCUCCUCAACCAACAUCGUCAGAGGAUCCAUUACUCCCUCCUCCCAUCAAUACACAAAUUCACAAAGGUAUGCACGAUCCUUCCCAUGAAACCGCCUCUCCUACUUCUGCUUCAACCUAUCAAGAGUCUCAAAUACCUUCGACCCAACCAAGUAGUACCUUAACAGAACAUAUAAAUCUCAGACAACAACAACAACAAGAUCCUCAUUUAGAACAAGCAUCCAUGGACGAUCGAAAUCUCAUGCCUCCUCCUUCAACCUCACCCUCCAUGCAUUCACAACAAUCACCACAACAUCAUGACAACACUUCCAAAUACAUUUCCACUCAAAUUCAUCUCAAAUCAAAACCCAAAAGUAAGGACGAUCUUUUGGAAAAUAUCAUCACUCGACAGGUCACUCUACCUCCUCUCGAAGAAGGUGAUAUUAUCAUUAAAAUCUUGUAUAUUGCCAUGGAUGCAUCAUUUCGAACAUUGGUAUGUCAAGAGAGUGAUCGAUAUUGUCCUCCUCCGUUUUGUGGUCCUUCAAAAUCCAUGCAUCCACCACCACCACCACUACCUCAUCAACCAUGUCAUCAACAAUAUCAACAACAACCACAACAUCAGCAAACAGCUUUACCAUCGAGUACUACCUUAAUGGAACAUGUUCAUGAAAAACAUUCAAAAGAAGAAAACAAAAAGUGUCAACUCCAUCAUGGCGUACUCAAAGGUUAUGCUGUUGGAGAAGUGAUUGAAUCAAGAAAUCGUCUCUUCACAAAGGGAAGAAAUGUCUAUGGAAAUUUAGGAAUUCAAAAAUACUUGUACUCUAGUGGAGGUAAAGAUCUCGAUGACAAUUUGGUACGAGAUAUUACCAUGAAUUCGAGUUUGGCUUCAUUCCUCACACUUUCCAAAGCUGGUUUGUGCGCCUAUUUUGCAGUCACUGAAAUUUCUCAAAUUUCUGAAGGAGAUACUGUCAUGGUCACGGGUGGCUCUGGAUGUGUCGGUGCCUUAAUUCCACAAAUUGUAAGGGCCUAUCUAACGGAUCAACAUGUCAAGAAACAGCGUCAACAAGAAUUGUUGACCAAUCUUGAAAAACCGUCGUCACUCCUUGUCAACAACAAAUCAAACACAAAAUCUGAAGCUUCACUCGGCACUAGUACCACAAUUCCAUCGACGACACGAACUCACAGUGAAGGUUUACAAGUCGAUACUUCUCAACCAUUUCCUCGAAUGUGCAGUAAGGCUAAAAGCCCAACCUUAAAUUGGUGUGUCCAUGCGUUGGUUGGAUCUGAUCAGAGUCCUCGAGGAGGUGGUGCCAUGUCACGAUCCUUCUAUCAAUCGCCAUUCACAGAGGAGAAAGAGGAUUACAACGAGAUGAGACAUCGACUUUUUCAUCAUCCGUCUUCUCCUGCCUUAUUUUCAUCGCUGCCACCACCCUCCAUGAUGAUUACAAAACCUUCUUCUUCAAUGGUCACAAGUGGAAGUGCUGCUAAUACAACAACGGCAACAACAACACAACCUUCCUAUGUGCCACAAGUGCAAAUUUUGGGUCUUUGUUCCUCAGAGAAAAAAGUUCGAGUCAUGAAACAAAAUUUCAAAUAUGACGAAUGUUUGGAUUAUUCUCAACACUUGAAGAAACCCGUACCUUUUGAUGUGACACCUUCUGGAACGUUUUGUGCAGGAGGUUCGUGUUUUGAGCCAACCUUUGAAUCAACUCAAUCGUCGUCGGUGAAUGUUCCUCCUUCACCAUCCUCAGCCUUAUACUUGACCGAUGUGUAUAAACGUAUAUCGGAGCAAAUCGAUCGAGAGUCAUUGAGUGAGGCCAUUCGAACUCAGUGUCCCAAUGGAAUUGAUGUCUUGAUUGAUACUGUGGGAGGUUUCAUGUUGGAUGUGUGUUUGGAACAUAUUAAUCACAAUGCUCGUGUGGUUUUGUGUGGAGCCAUUUCACAACAUAAUGCCUCAAAAAUUGAAGGACCUUUCAAUUAUGUGAAUUUGAUUUUGAAAAGUGCUCGAAUGGAAGGUUUUGUGUUGGACAAGUUCAAAUCAAAGUUUAAGGAAGCGUCACAGACUUUGGUAAGAUGGAUCCAGGAAAAGAAAUUGAAUGGUCUGGAGGAGCAUGUGGUUGAGUGCAACUUGGGUCAGAAAGAGGAUGUUGCCAGAGUGUUCAGUCUUCUCUAUGCGGAAGAUUAUACUGGAAAACUUAUUUUGAGAGUAAGGCAUUGA